AAAGCUUCGACGACCUGAUUUCCGGAUGUAACGAAAUUUAUCGUCUUCAACAAUCACAUUAAAAUGUCGAGUGGAUAUUCUUUCACAUGUCCAACAAAUCUUCGAUGCAGAAAUGUGGACUACUUUUACUCAUUAGUAGCCCUCAGGCAUAAUAUGUAACAACGAUGCGCAGUUUCGAUAUAAAUUGUAGAUUGUCUUGUAAAUUUGUGUAUUAUUUUACGAAGAUAUCAUUUUUUUUUUUAAAUUUUGAAUUCAUUUGUAAUUCUUAAGUCAUAGAAAAAAAUUUUUAGAAUUUAUAUUUUUCUGGUUUCAUUGUUUCUCUUUGUAUACAUAAGAAAGUGUUAAUAUUUUAUUUCUUAUGCAAUGGAGCCUUGGAACAGAAUACGUUAUAUAACUUACUUGGCCUGCAUUGUCAUAGAAUUUACUGGAGAUGCCAUUAGUGAAGAAGUGCUAUUAGAGAUGAAUACGAUGCGUUUUGGCUUGGUAAAAGUAAACACUAGCGUCAACGACUGGGACAGGUUUUUUGACUGCAUGAGAAAUAAAUUAACAAGUCUCUGCACACUCAACUUAAACGAAACCAGGACUUCAGGAAAUUUUCGAGAAUUUCAAUCCAAUGGUAUAAGAUGUGAAAAGACUAUAACAAAGUGGCUAGAGACUCCUACGUUUGAAUGUGAUUUCCAAGAGAAAUGUGAAGAUACUACAAAGAAAUGUUCCAGUAUUGUCUGUUUAAGACCCCAAAAUAACUGUACUGUAAUGUCUGGCUGUAACGGAGUAUUUAACAUACAAUGGAAACAUGAGUCAGAUUAUUUACGUAGUUCAAAACUGACUUAUGUCUGUGAAGAAACUGGGGAUAGAAAAUGUUUUGUACAUUGUUAUAAUGAAGCAUCUACCAGGCCUACGUUCUUAAAAUGUAACUUAUCGUACCAGUCUACUAGACCUACGUCCUCAAAAAGUAACUCAUCGUACCGGACUACUAGGCCUACGUUCUCAAAAAGUAACUCACCGUACCCGUCUACCAGGCCUACGUCCUCAAAACAUAACCCAUGGUACUCGUCUACUACGACUACUUCCUCAACAAACAAAUCAUUGCUCACCAAGACAAUUACCACUCCCACAUUACAUGACGAUAAAAAAGAUAAACGAGAUAAUGGAAAAAACAAAAAACACAAAUUAAAUACCGAAACUAUACUUAUCUCUGUCUUGAUUUGUCUCAUUGUUAUCACUAUACUUGUGAUUCUGUGUUUUCUUAGCAAGAGUUUCAGGCAAAGAAUGGGACAAACGUGUUCAUGCUUUACCGAUACAACAGUGAGCCAUUGCAGCAGUGGCAAUGCAAAGAGCUACACGACUCAAGGGAAUACCAAUGUAUCUCACAGUACUACAAACAUCUGUUUUGAUGGGGAGUCCCACAUUUACAACGACUGUUCAAUCUCUGACGCCCUUCCAUCCUGGGAAAUCUGUGGAACCUCUUUAGCUACCAACACAUCCAAAUACAGCGAUGGUUCUAAAACUGAGCAGGCCAAGUUGAAGAAGUCAACAUGCGAUAAUGCAAACAAAGAUAUCAAUGAACCAGACACGACAGAGUACAACAGACUCCGAGACCAGCUGAGGAUAGAUGCAGUUGAUUACAAUUGUCACAUUCCAGACAAAAGUUUGAUCUCGCCAAGAAGCUCUGAUAUCUACGAACAAAACAAUUCUGAUUAUACAUUGGCCAAAGAUUCUCAAACGUUGGGAAAAGAUACUUUGACUACAAGUCCUUAUUCCUUGGUUGAACUAGUUGAGCCUUCAAAUGAACCAAAUUUUAGAUUUAAUCAAACAGAUUUAGCUCAAAACAUUUUGAUUCAACAAAUCGAAAUGAUUACAAUUUUUUAAAUUUCUGGAUAUUGUAAUAUGGAAAAUAAAAAAAAAAACAACAACACUGGCUAACAUUUGUGGUCAGUAUAGUUAGGUGCAAAUGUUUUUCCAUAAACUGUACCGCUAUUUGUAUAUCUAUCUGUCUAUGUAUCCAUUUCUAUCUAUCUAUCUAUCUAUUUAUCUAUCUAUCUAUCUCUAUUUAUCUAUCUAUCUCUCUCUCUCUAUCUA